AUGAUCGGCACAUCGCUGCGGCCAGCCGUCGGCGCCCAUCUUGGCAUGGUGAUCGGCAGCAAUGACGCGCUGCCAGAAGUAUCCGUGGAAGCGGCGCAACUUCACCCCGAUCUCACUGAUUAUACUAGUUACUGGGCUGAGGCUGAUGGCAAUUUACAGGCUAGAGAUGAAUUGGAAGCUCGUUUCUGUGUCUGUUGCCUGUACAUCUGUAAUUGUGGGUGUGCGCAGGUGUUGAACAUGGGGUGCGGCGUCUGCGUGCGGGGAAUCUACGAUGAGACAUGGAGGGUGUGGCGCGGGAAGAAUCGAGAAAGCUCUGCGAGCUCAUAUAUUCCAUCAGCAGAGGUAAUGUUCCGGGACGGCCAUGGCGGGAAAAAGCUGCUUCACGCGCCGAGAGCCGUAAAGAGCGACGGCAACAGCCAUCGUUGGGGCCGCAAAAUCGGCGCGCCCAGCUUUAGCCAAGCCAAGAUUGCGGGUGGCGACCUCUUGCCGAGCGAGAUGGUGGAAAAAAAGGUCCCUUCAAAGAAGGAUGAGAAACGCGGUCUCCUUGGCCAUACUUUGACGAACCCCCAAGGUUUCCUUUCCACUGCCGGUUCGUCAGCCCCAAGAUUGGGGCCAGCCACCGGACGAAAGAUGGCCGCCCCUCGAUGCGGUGCAUCGGCGGUCGCAUUGCUCGCGUUCCUGGUGCCUCGAAACCUUGCCCCAUUAAAGAGUGAGAAGCUGAAAACCCCAUGCCGGAUUAGCGAAAGAGACAUGCGCUUCCUUGACGUCACAUGGCCGCCUUGUUCUGGAAGAAUGAAACAAAAGAUGGUUCUGUAA